AGGCAUGGCCCUACUUCCUAGCCUUUAUCUUAAUAGAAAACAUCAUCCUAUGGUUGAAAAAGAAACCAACGAUGAGAUUGAACGACGGGAUCACAUCGAUAUCUCACGGAAUAUUCCAAGAGUGUGGCAGGUUAUUGUUUAGAGGAGCCGAGAGCGCCCUCUAUGUAUAUAUUUACGAGAACUAUAGACUGAUGGAGCUCCCCUGGGAUUCUCCUAUGACUUGGUACAUAGCGGCCAUUGCUGUAGACUUCUGCUAUUAUUGGGUACACCGUGCCAGCCAUGAAAUCCAUAUAUUUUGGGCACAACACCAAGUCCAUCACAGCUCUGAAGACUACAAUCUAACCGUGGGUUUAAGACAGUCUGUGCUUCAGGGAUGGUGUGGAUUUGCGUUCUACCUACCUAUGGCCCUGUUUGUCCCACCAGCGCAGUUCCUAACCCACCAACAGUUCAACCUCAUGUACCAGUUCUGGAUACACACAGAAACUGUCAAAUCUUUGGGACCUCUCGAAUGGGUUCUCAACACACCUAAACACCACAGACUGCAUCAUGGAAGCAUGCUAUGGUGUCUGGAUAAAAACUACGGCGGCUGUUUAAUAAUUUGGGACAGAUUGUUCGGGACUUUUGUGGAGGAUAAGAAGGAGCAGGAGAUAAUCUACGGACUUGUCUAUAACCAGCCAUCUUUCAAUCCUUUCUUUCUACAGAUUUUCUACAAAAAAAUCUAUAAAUCUAAUGAGACUUGUGCUUUGCUGAUAAAAUAA